CUAAAAUGUAAAAACGUGUUCCAUUACGGUUCAUUGAUUAUUGACGAAGGCGAAACUUCCCACAAACCAACUCAGUCUUUUGGAUUAAGAAGUCGUCGAGCAUGCCGAAGGGAAAGAAAUCUCGUGGAAAGCGUGUAGCGCCAGCGCCGCUUCUUGCUAAACGUGCAGCCGCCAAAAAGGUGGUGAAUCCCUUGUUCGAGAAGAGACCUAAGAAUUUCGGAAUCGGUCAGGACAUUCAACCCAAGCGAGAUCUUACUCACUUUGUUCGAUGGCCCAAAUACAUUCGGCUACAACGUCAGAAGGUUGUGCUGCAGAAGAGACUGAAGAUCCCUCCAGCGAUUAACCAGUUCACCAACACAUUGGACCGACAAACUGCUACUUCUCUGUUCCGAUUGGCAAAGAAGUAUCAGCCGGAAUCAAAACUGGAGAAAAGGGAGCGCUUGAGACAGCGUGCUCAAGAAAGAGCUGCUGGCAAACCAGACACCCCAACCAGGCGUCCAUUGGUUGUAUCUUCAGGUGUGAACACGGUCACCAACCUCAUUGAAAGGAAGAAGGCUCAACUUGUUGUGAUUGCUCAUGAUGUUGAACCAGUCGAGAUUGUGGUUUACCUUCCAGCUCUGUGCCGUAAGAUGAAUGUUCCUUACUGCAUCGUGAAGGGCAAGUCCAGACUUGGUCGUUUGGUGCAUAGAAAAACAUGCACCUGCGUUGCUAUCACUGAUGUCAAUAACGAGGACAAAGGAGCUCUCAGCAAAUUGGUUGAAAGUGUUCGAACCAACUACAAUGAGAGAUUCGAUGAGAUUCGAAGACACUGGGGUGGCGGUAUUAUGGGCAACAAGUCCUUGGCCAGGAUCGCUAAGAUUGAAAAACUGAGAGCAAAGGAUGCUGCCCAGAAAGCCAGUUUGGCAUAAUAAACAAUACGAAUAAAAUAUUCAAUGUAAAA